AUGGCGGCGCCAAUGCCGGGGGGCGCCGUCAAAGAGGAAGACGAAGGCAACAUGGACAGCUCCCAGUCAGCAGGUCAGGCGGCGUCACUCGUCGGCCAAGAAGACUUCAUGGACAUCUUCAGGAACGACAAGAAUCUCCGGGAGCUCCUGGUGAGGGUCGGCCGGCGAGCUUCCGGCACCAGCGCCAAGCCAGCUCUUCCUCCACCGGUGCAGCAGCAGCAGCCGCCGCCACCUCCACCUCCACCGGCGCACGGUGCAUGGGGGAAGAGGCCGGCGGCCGGGCCGCCUCCGGGGUUCGCCGGCGUCCGCCAGCCACCACAGAAGCAUCUGCCACCACCACCAGGGCGGAGGGCGCAGCACGCACAAGCACAACAUAAGCAGCCGCCGCAGCCGCAGCCGCCGCCUCAGCCGGCGAGCGCCCACCACCGCAGCCCGAGCCGCCGCCGCGUAGGCGCGCCGGACGCACUGGCGAUCAGGAAGACGGCCGCCGCCGCCGUGUUCUGCGGCGUGUGCAACGUCAAGUGCAUGACGCAGUACAACCUGAGGGAGCACGAGGCCGGGAAGAAGCACCGGGACAAGGUGGCCAGCAUCGCCGGCGAGAAGAACGUGCGGUGCCAGGUGUGCGACGUGCUGCUCGCCAGCGAGCUCAACGUCACGCAGCACUACGCCGGCAGGCAGCACCGCCACCGGCUCCAGCUCAGCCGCCGCCGCGGCGGUGUCAAUGGCGGCGCCGGAGCUGCCUAA